AUGUCUUUUGAGCCAGUCCAGAAGCUGCGGGAGAUGGAGGCGGAAGCAACACCAUAUGGAAUGUUUUUCAUCAGUGUAGGAGAGAGCCACACAUAUCAAUGCCCUCUUUUACCCUCAGCAUUGCCAAGUAUUGAGGAGCUAGAAGAAAGCAUGGAUGUAGAUCCCGACAGGGCAACAAGAGUUCGCGCACUGAUAGAAGAUGCUUUUCUAGACAGCUUUUUUGCUCUUGAAUACCCCAAAUCUCAUGUUAUAUUGGAAUCAACAGGUGAACGCCAGUAUCUUAUACAAAGUCUCCUCAACCUUGGCUUUACCAGAUCAACAGUCCUUGCAGCAAUCGACGGCUUCAACGCUGACCCCAACUUUGGCGAGGGACUACGCGAAAGGAGGCUUCAGGAUGGCCGUAUGGACAUGGCUAUUGACGGUAAUACUUUAGAACGUCGCCGCAAUCAGGAAGCCCAGAGCUUGUUUUCGUGGCGAGAGGCCAAUGAAGACACAGUCCAACCUAGAGAAGGCCAAAACCUACUGAACCUGCUUUAUCAUAUUGCAGAAGACCAGGCGAAACGAGACGGAUUCAUACAUCGUGGCAUCACCUGCGAUGGUUGUGGCGUUGCUCCCAUACAAGGCAUACGAUAUCGAUGCGCGAAUUGCCCCGAUUUUGAUUUAUGUGAAACUUGCGAAGCGAUGGACGGACACUUCAAAACGCAUGUGUUCUAUAAAAUCAGAAUCCCGGGCCCAGUUAUAAGCUACCUUCGUCCUCUUCAGCAGGUGUGGUACCCAGGUAACCCUUCGAUGGCCAAGGACACUUUAUCUCGGUCACUUGUAAGACGACUUGCGGCAGAAACAGGCUUCGAAAACACAGAGGUAGAUGCUUUCUGGGAGCAGUUUAAAUGCCUCGCCUCUUCAAACUGGCAGACUGAUCCAAAUAAGUUGAAAGUAGCUAUCGAUCGUAGGACUUUCAAUCAGUGUUUUAUUCCAAGCGCCAGCGCCGCAGGUCCAUCCCCUAAUCUGCUAUAUGAUCGAAUGUUCUCCUUCUAUGAUAGCAAUGGCGAUAACCUGAUAGGGUUUGAAGAGUUUGUCAAGGGCAUAGCUAGUCUAUGUAGCGGAAACUCCCAUGAAAGAUUGAGACGUACGUUCCUUGGUUAUGACAUCGAUGGGGAUGGCUACGUCGAGAGAAAAGACUUUCUCAGGAUAUUUAGGGCCUACUAUUCUUACUCCAAGGAGCUUUCAAAAGACACGGUUGUUGGCCUGGGUGAUGCCUUUUUUGGAGAAACUGCUCGUCAUGUGGUUCUCGGUAAUCAAUCUAUCAGUGCUGCAUUCCAUGACGACUUACCCGAGGGCGAGACGUCCAGAAAUAUUCAGGGCAAGCGACGGAACGUGUAUGGUGAUGAUGAAAUUGACGAUAAUCAAGGUGCCAUACGAGAUGAGGACGAGCGCAUCUGCCAAAGAGAGGAAAUCAUUGGAGACGCUAUGAUAAGGGAGACAUUUGGUACAUCUCGACCGUCGAUACCACUCUCGCAUAGUCCAAACGAGCAACCGCAAGACUCAGAUGACAGCGAGCACGAAGAUGAAGAGGAUUACCUAUCACUCCUAAAUGGGAACCGGAUGGCCACUGAAAAUGUGACUUCUCAGGAUAUAAUCAGUGCCUUGGGCGCCUAUAUUCCAUUUGAUGAAGUAACCGAUCGCGUUGACAGGGCGCGUAUAUUAACAUGCGUUUCUGAACGGCGUGAUUUAGAGAGAAUUAAUCGGAUAAGGCGUAACGGCAUCGAAGAAAGAUGGGAACGAAGGCAGUUCUAUACAGACGAAGAGGAGGGUGCUGCUCCGCCGGCGCAUCUCGAUGAAGAAGACAAGGAGUCUGAGGACAUCGAGCCAGAAGACCACGUUACGUCUAACAGAUCCAGGUCAUCAUCAAAGGUCCGCUUUCAGGAUGAUGUAACAGAUAAUGAAUAUGAAACCCGAUCUAACCUGUCGACAUCAUCACGCAGUAUCCCUGUUGGCGAAAGAUGGGGCGGAUUUGAGAUACCUGAGCCCGAAAAGGAUGUGGGGAAGGAAAUUCUCUAUCAAGUCACACAGCAAGGCUUAAACGAAUUACUCGACAUGCUUUUUAGGCAGAAAGAAGAUUUACUGAUGGAAGCUCACCGCACGCGUGUGGACCGGCAAAAGUGGGCCAGAGAAAUCGAUCACUUCGCAAUGUCAUAUUUUGGUCCUGCAGCAGUCUACGAAAAUAAAACCGAGCCAAGGUCAAUUUUUGACGACGGAGGAUACUUGACAUACAUUCCGAGAGAACAAUCUCUUGAACAGCUUUUGGGUGAAUCGGGAUAUUCUUAUGAUGCACCUGAACCAAUCUCGAGUGGAAGAGAUAAAUCUCUUCAGCAAUUUCUGGAUGAGUUAGAAUAUCCCUCGGUGUUCCUGCCAAUUUCUUUCCAAAGGCAAAAAUCUCUCCAGCAGCUCUUGGACGAAUCUUGCUAUUCCCUUGUGCCAUCACCGGACCAGACGCCUCCAGACAGUCGUCCAGGUGCUUAUAACACAUCGCCAUCACAUCAUGCCAACGAAACACCUCCACCACAUCCAGCCUCCUGUUCCAUAUCACCAUCACCCCAAACCUUAAUGCGUUGGUGCCUUUUAAAUACCGUUGAGAGGGAGGCUAAGGCACGCGGUGGCUCGGGAGCAAGGUUGAAUUUUGAGGAGUUCUCGGAGCGGAUGCGGGAUUCCCGAGGAAGACUGGCGUUUGUGAGCAGCUGGGUUGAUGGGGCCAGAUUUUGA